AUGCUAUAUUUAUCUAUCUAUCUUGGACUGAUACUAUUACUCAUUCCAUUCUUAUUUAUCUGUAGAUUUACAAUAUUAUUAUUAUUACAUACUACACACAUCAAAUCCUAUCUAUCUAUCUAUCUAUCUAUCUAUCUAUCUAUCUAUCUAUCUAUCUAUUUCAGUCUAUUCAUAUUCAUCUAUUUUAGCACUUCACUUCUGUCUCUAUCUAUCUAUAUAUCCAUUCUGUACAUUUCUUUCUUUCUCUCUUGUUCAGUCUGGUCAGAACCAUCUAUCUAUCUAUCUAUCUAUCUAUCUAUCUAUCUAUCUAUCUAUCUAUCUCCGUCUGUUCACAUCUAUCUAUUUAUCUUAGUCUGUUCAUAUCUAUCUAUCUAUCUAUCUAUCUAUCUAUCUAUCUAUCGCCUCUUCAUAUCAAUUUCAGAAUUUCUAUCUAUCUAUCUAUCUAUCUAUCUGACCGUCCGUUAUUUUCUGCAAAAUGAAACACUAUGUUCAGAGCUUUGUCUUUUCACCCCCCCCCGCUCCGGGAAAUUCAGCUCUGUCUCUCUCAAAAUAUCCUUUCUGUUCAUUUUCUUUCUUUCUUUCUUUUCUCCCCUCUUUCUCCGUUUUAGCUUUCUUGUUUUUUUUCUUUCUAUUCCUUCUAAUAUUUCUUGUGUAAUUCUUUUCGUAAACAUUUUCCUUCUGAUCUUUGCGUUUCAAUUUUUCUUUCUUUCUUUAUUCUACUUUUUUUUAUUUCGUUUGCUCCUCUUUUUUUCUUUCCAUAUUUCUUCAAAUCUUUUUUUUCAUUUUUUCUCUUUUUUUUUUAUUCUCUAUGAUUUUUGUUUUAUUUCUUUUUCUUCCACCAUUUCCCUCUCCUAUGUCUUUUUUUGCUUCUCGCCAAUCCAAAUAUUAUUUUGCCGCGCUUACGAUUUUACCCACCUUACAAGAAGACAGAAAAAAGGUCCAUUUCUUCCAGUUUCGAUUCUUUAA